AUGCCAGCGGAGGCCUACAGCAGGAAGGGCCCAGCCACAUGGCCUUGGCAGGCAAGCAUCUUCCUGGACACCAGGUACCGCUGCGAGGGAGCCCUCAUCUCCCCAGAGUGGGUGCUCACAGGCGCCAGCUGCUUUGGCAGCGUGACCCUGGGCGCAAAUCGGCUGGCACUGGAUGCUUGCGAGAGCAUGUCCAGCGUGGAGGAGCUGCUCCUGUCCCCAGGAGGGCCCGAGGGCUCUGGGCCUGGUGGCCUGGCCCUGGCCCGGCUGGAAAGGCCACCAUCUCUCAGCAGUGCAGUGCAGCCUGUGUCUCUGGCCACUAGCCCCCAGCCUUCCCCCUGGCCGCAGCUCUGCUGGGCCCAGGGGUUUGAUCUUGAUUUUGAUCCCUACAUCCCACCGAAAGAGCUGCACAGUGUCCCGCUGGAACCGCUGGACGUCAGCUCCUGCAAAGAUGCCUUUCGCCUCCAACCUGACUGUCCCAACCUGAAGGUCAGCCUGCCCAAGGGCUCCCAGUGCACCAGGCUCCCCUACAGCUACUCCAAACUGGUGGUGUCUGAUGGGGCCCCCCUGGUCUGUUCCCAAGGCAGAAACUGGUUGCUGCAGGGUGUGAUGACCUGGAGUCCCUGCUUGGGGACCCGCCUCCCUGAAGUCUACAUGCCUGUGUAUCCCUUCCGUUCCUGGAUCAGAGAGAAGGUCUCUAACGCCACCUUCUACACGUUGGCUAAGAAGUGCCCUCUGAUCUUGCUCAAGACCAGGAAGAGGAGGCAGUGAGCCUCUGGAGUCCUGGGUUUGAAUCCUGGCUCAGUUACUCACCUGCUGCUGUGACUGAGUCCCAGUCACCUCCCCUCUCUGAGUCUGCUUCCCUUUUUGUGUAGUGAAGGUAUAUUCAAUCAUUCACUCACUCAACAAGCCGUUACCACUGCUUACGAUGCGCCAGGCAACCAGGACUCCAGAUCAGCGCGGCCCCUGUGCUCAUGGAGGCUAGAUAUGGCAAUAAUAAAUACGCAAAUACGAACCGUGGCGAGUGCUAAGAGGAACCAGAUCCACGUGUUAAUAGAAGCCGUGACCUACUGCGGCGGCCAGGGAGUGUCAUUUGAAGUGUCCUGACAGAGCCGUGGGCUCUGUCACUCUUCCCCCGACGGCUGGGUGACUAGGAGACCAGCGCUGCCCCUCCCUGAGCCUCAGUUUCCCGCUUCACUUUGAGGAGCGGCGGCUUGAACUUCAGGAUUCUUUGGUCCCGCCCAAGUUUGUUCAUUACACUUUCUCGGGGACGAGGGUCUCAAAGGCCACAAGGGAGCAUCCCCUUGACCCGACGCACAGCGCUGCUCCCGCAGACGCCGCAGAGCCGCGCGCCCAGGCCUCCGCGCUCCCAGCCCGGCCUGCGGGCCCCCGCCGCGCCCUCCCCCCGGCGCCACAGCGGCCUCUCGCGGCGGACG